AGGGCUUCCUUCCGGUGACUUCUGGGCUAAGAGGUUGAGGGGAGGAUGCUAGGGGCCCAGGGGCAGAGUUUGGGGGUUCAGGAGCAGAGUUUGGGGGCCCAGGAAGCAAAGGGGUCACCUUUGGGCUAGAAGGCUGAAGUUCUGACCUGAGAGAGGCGAAGAAUUGCCAAACGGGCCAAACUGAGGUCCUGGGCCCUGAUGUGUGACCCAGGGCAGGAUUGUGGCUGCAGAAGCCUUGGCCCACUCCUAACUUCUGCCUCAAGUCACCCUCCCCUGUACAGCCUUCCUGGGUAGAUUCUUUGGCCCCGGAGCAUGAGUUUGACUGGACCGAGGCAUGGGCUGAGGCAGAAGUUUGGGCUCUCCUGCAUUCCGUAGCCAGGCAAUGGAGAAGAAUCCUGGAGCUGGGUUGAGCUGGGCUGGGCAAGAAGGAGCCCCCAGCCUUGAACCAUCUUCCCAAGGAGGAUGGGGAGAGCAAGGCCAAGGCUGGGUCUGGGCAGGGUGUUACAUGCAGACUGGAAUCCGGCAGAGGGGAUGCUUCAUGUGGGAUUUAAACGUCCAGACUCGAUCUGUUUCCCCGGGCAGCUCUACAGACAUGGAUGCAUUCCAGAAGGUCGAGAAGAUCGGAGAGGGCACCUAUGGGGUGGUCUAUAAGGCCAAGAACAAAGAGACUGGGCAGCUUGUGGCCCUCAAGAAGAUCAGGCUGGAUGUGGAGACUGAGGGGGUUCCCAGCACUGCCAUCAGGGAGAUCUCCUUGCUCAAAGAGCUGAAGCACCCCAAUAUUGUCAAACUGCUGGAUGUGGUCCACAGAGAGAAGAAACUCUACCUGGUGUUUGAGUUCCUCACUCAGGACCUGAAGAAGCACAUGGACUCCACUCCCACCUCAGGGCUCCCCCUGCACGUAGUCAAGAGCUACCUCUCCCAGCUGCUGCAAGGACUGAACUUCUGUCACUGUCAUCGGGUCAUCCACCGAGAUCUGAAGCCUCAGAACUUGCUCAUCAACCAGUUCGGAGCCAUCAAGCUGGCAGACUUUGGACUGGCUCGAGCCUUCGGGGUUCCCCUGCGCACCUACACCCAUGAGGUGGUGACACUGUGGUACCGUGCCCCCGAGAUCCUCCUGGGCAGCAAAUUUUAUUCAACAGCCGUGGAUGUCUGGAGCAUUGGCUGCAUCUUCGCAGAAAUGGUGACCGGCAAACCUCUGUUUCCUGGGGACUCAGAGAUCGACCAGCUCUUCCGGAUCUUUCGUAUCCUGGGGACCCCCAGUGAAGCCACAUGGCCAGGAGUCUCCCAGCUGUCUGAUUAUAAGAGCAGCUUCCCCAAAUGGACCAGGAAGGGGCAGGAGGAGAUCAUGCCUAGGCUGGGACCAGAAGGCAAGGACCUGCUCCUGCAUCUCCUGCAGUAUGACCCCAGCCAGCGGAUCUCAGCCAAGACCGCCCUGGCCCAUCCCUACUUCUCUACAGAGCACUCCCUAGCACCCCGCCAUUGCACGGUGGACCGUUUCUACCACUAAGAUCAUGUAUGUGGGGCCCACCACCUCACACCCUCUCUGGCUGCCCCCCCCCCUUACCCCGCACCCGUUUCAAAUGAAGCAUAUUUAGGGAGAGAAUACACCUCUGAGGAAUUUUACAUCAGUCAUCAGAAGGCCAGGCUUGGGUUUGUCCUGCCUGCAGGUUGGUGAAUUCCUGUGUUGUUUGAUUUAAUGGUGCAUUUCAAAAGGCAUGCAGGUGCUCCAUACAUGAGGUAGGACUGGACCCCUGGUGUCAAGCUAGUUGAUAGGCUCCAGCCCUCCCCCUUCCCUUCUGCAGUUACAGAGCCAGCCCAAGGACAGGGCGCCCUCUGUGGGUCUUGAUUUUGUUUUAAGCUGUUUGUGGGAAGAGGAGAGUCCAGUUCUGAGGGCUCAAGCUGGAGGUGGGGUGGAACACUCUGGGGGCACCUGAGGGUGUUCUAAGUAGUUGUCACAUCAUCAAAGAGGCUGUGGAUGUCCUUCUGUGUGACAAAUGGGGAAUA